ACUGUUAAUGUCAAUUCACCUACCAACCUUAAAAGAUUGGGUGUUUUACUCCUGGUGAAAAACUUUAUUUAACUUAAGUGUAGCUUUUGCAAAAUGGAUAAUGAGGCGUUUGAAAAUAGUGUUUCUAAAUCUUCACUCGAGGAAAGACGAAAAAGUUCGGUAAGGAAGGUCGAGAACCACCGACGGAUUACGCUGGCCACCAUCACAUCCGGCGUCGUCAUGGACACCAGCGCAAAUGAUCCUGUCAAUAGAAACCAUCCGGCAGACACUAUAACAUCGGUUGCUUCUAUGACUUUCACCGCAAAUCCAAGUCGAAAAAUCAGUCGUGAUGCUGCACCUCAUAUCGACAACUAUAGAACAGGUUACAAGACUCAACUUUCAUUAACUCGACCAACACUGCCGGAAUUAUACGAUCCUACUGGAAAUGGCCAGGACCCAGUUGAGAAGAGAGCGGAUCCCACCAAUCAGGAUAAUUUGAACCGCGACAAGUUCGGCUGGAUCGAAGGAGUUUUAAUCCGCAACAUGAUGAGUAUUUGGGGUGUCAUGCUCUUUCUCAGGCUCUCCUGGGUGGUGGGACAAGCGGGAAUAGGGGAAACUUUGGUUAUCAUUGCAAUUUCAACCUUUAUCACUUUGGUAACGGCCUUAUCCAUGUCCGCCAUAUCAACCAACGGAGAAAUAGGAGGAGGUGGAACCUACUUUGUCAUGUCGAGAAUAUUGGGUCCAGAAUUUGGUGGAUCCAUCGGAAUCAUCUUUGCUAUCGCCAACGCGAUGGAUUGCUCUCUUAACGUCGUCGGUUUCGCUCAAGCCGUGCAGGACAUGAUGAUGGAAUACGGCGGAGUAAUUAUUGUCGAUGGAGGACUGAACGACAUUCGGAUCAUCGGCACCCUCACUUUGAUAUUCAUUUGCGCAAUCUGCGGUCUUGGAGCCAAAUAUGAAACAAAGAUGAAGGAUGUCAUGUUUAUCAUCAUGUUGGCCUCGUUAACUAAUUUUAUUACUGGGAGUAUUAUGGGGCCUUCUUCCGAGGCGGAAGAAGCAAGAGGAUUCAUUGGCUAUAGCAUUGAUUUGCUCAACGAAAACUGGAAACCAUCUUACACCAUUACCAGUGGACAGAUGCAGAAUUUCAUUUCCGUUUUCUCCGUCUAUUUUCCGGCCAGUAUCGGAAUCCUCGCCGGAGCUAACGUUUCUGGUGACUUGAGGGACCCAAACAAAGCUAUUCCCAAAGGGACGAUAUUAGCCAUCAUCAUAUGCAGUAUUUCCUACGCCGGAGUAGCUAUCAUUUGUGCUGCCACGGUUACCCGCGCAGCUACUGGAUUUGUCGAGGACCUGCAAAAUGGUACAAACUUGAAUUGCAAUGAUACAAUCGAAUGCAAUUAUGGACUGUACUAUGAUUAUCAGGCGAUGGCGCUAGUUUCUGCGUUUGCUCCUCUCAACUACGUGGGAUGUUUUGCCGCCACUUUAAGUUCAGCCCUUUCGGAUUUUGUUUCUUGUCCGGCCUUGCUUGAAGUCAUCGCUGCGGAUAAGCUCUAUCCUUACUGGAUGGUCGGAUUUUGGGGGAAAGGAUACGGACCAUCAAAACAGCCACUCCGGGCGUUUGCUUUCACUUUCGUGUUGGCAUUAGCCUUCGUACUUAUUGCCGAACUCGACAUGAUUGCGCUACUCAUUUCCAACUUUUUCCUCGCCACGUUCGCCCUGAUGAACUUUUCGACAUUUCACGUUAGUUUAAUCAAACCUAUCGGCUGGCGACCUACGUUUAAAUAUUACAACACUUGGCUGAGUCUGUUGACAGGACUCUUGUCAAUCGCAUCCAUGAUCCUCAUCAGUCUUCCCAUAGCGUUGAUAACGAUAGCUAUUGUUCUCUUCUUCUACUUGGUCGUUCUUUACCGAAGUCCAGAGGUGAACUGGGGAUCGUCUACCCAAGCACAAACUUAUCGCGCCGCUCUAACGAGUAUUCAACAACUCGUUCACAUCGAGGAACACGUUAAGAAUUACAGGCCACAAAUUUUGGUACUAACGGGACUCCCCAACACUCGUCCUGCUCUGGUUGACUUUGCCUAUCUCAUCUGUAAAAAUAAUUCCCUGAUGGUCUGUGGAAAUGUUGUCGAGGAAAGAUUAACAUUUGAAAUGCGCUCCAAUCUACAACAAAAAGCUUAUCGAUACCUGCGAUUCACCAACAUCAAGGGAUUCUGUUCUGUUGCGGAUAAUUCAAAUCUUCACACUGGCGUGGCUGCUAUGCUGGGUCUCACCGGAGUCGGAAAAGUGAAGCCCAACAUCUUGAUGAUGGGUUACAAAAACGAUUGGUUAACCUGCGACAGAAAUGCACUGGAUCAAUACGUGUUGACUAUACAUACGGGAUUCGAAAUGAACGUGUCUGUGGCCAUCCUUCGUCUCAAAGAAGGAUUAGACUGCUCGGGAAUAAUUGCCGACAUCGACGAUUUGAUUUUGAAAGCUCCUACCAAAAAGGCCAAAGAAAAUUCCACAGUUAAUGUCGAAACCGUAGUGUCUACUACUACAAUUCAAAUUGAAAUUCGACCCGCUAAGGAAGGAGGGACCAAGAAAGACAAGAAGAAAAAGAAAAACAAGUUGGAACAGAAAAUUUCAUUGAGAGAUCCUACCGGAAACCCACUGCCAAAAAGCGUACUCAACAGCAUUAUCUUAUUCCAAAGAAAACAGAAGAAAGAUACAAUCGACAUCUGGUGGCUAAGUGACGAUGGAGGAUUGACUCUACUUCUACCGGUCAUUAUUAACAGACGAUCGAACUGGUCGGAAACUAAAUUAAGAAUAUUCUGCACGGCGUCUGGUGUUCACGAACUGGAAAAUGAACAGAAAGGGAUGGCGAUUUUGCUGUCCAAAUUUCGCAUCGAUUACUCCGAUCUAGUGAUAAUUACUGACGUUGACGAAGCUCCCAAAAGUAAAACAAAAAAGUGGUUUGAUGGCCUGAUUCGACCUUUCCUACAACCAGGGACUAACGGGCCUCACAUAACGGAAGGGGAACUCGAAGCUUACCAAUAUAAAACAGAUCGUUACCUCCGACUGAGGGAGUUACUCCUGGAUCACUCUUCGGACUCGAACUUGGUCGUUAUGACCUUACCGAUACCCCGAAAAGGAGCGUUUAGUGCCCCACUUUACAUGGCUUGGUUGGAAGCACUCACUGCUAAUAUGCCACCGUUCAUGCUCGUCCGCGGAAAUCAAACAUCUGUUUUGACAUUUUAUUCUUGAGAACGUUUAAAAAAGAUACUGAUUAUGAAAUUGGUUUUAAUUGAAUUCGUCAAAUAAACCCUUGAAAAUCCA